UCUCUCUCUCUCUCUGCGACGCAGUACAUAUCGUUUUCCAUGGAGGAUUAAGCGACUUGAAGAUUGAUCGAUUCUUCGAUUUAUAGAUGGAAACCUUAGAGCUUCGUACUCCUCAAUUCUCAGAGGAUUUAGCUUGGCUUCCUUGCUGGCUUCAGCACAAUCAAACAACACCAUCCAAUGAGCAAGAAAUAGAAUCCCUUUACGAGUCAGCAAUCAAGGAAUUUGGGCAUGGAAUUGUCAAUCAACUGGAAGAUGCAAAUCUAUCUCCAAAAGAUGGUGGAUGCAACAGUUAUCGUUUAUUUCUAUCAGGACAGGACAGUUUACCUGAAAGCAUAGUGCCAUCAUCUAAUAAUGUACUUAAUUUUCAUUUGCAUCUGUCAUCAUAUGGGGGCUCGGAAUGUAGUUCAACCCAACAUUUGGAUGGGUCUCACCACUUGCUUGACUAUAAUAAAGUUCAGUCAAUCAGUAUGGUUGAAGCAUCACUUGAUUCCAGAGAAAAUAUUUCAUCCAGAAGGGACAUUAAUGUUGGCGAGGUAGAUUUGUCAACUAAAUCUAGCAACAAAGACAUUGUGGAAAAUGUUGUAUGUCAAUCUCCGACCAAUACUGAAGAUCGUGAAAAUCAAUGGGGAGAAGACUCUGGGGGCUCGGAAGUUAACAAUGCAAUUGAGCUUUCUGUUGUGGCAUCUGAAGCACUGGUUAUACACGACUUGUUAAAGACUGAGCUCGAUUCAGAAGCACUAUCAGUUGAAUCUGUCCUUGAAGUUUCCCUCCAGGUCAAAAGAGCUCGUAUUGAGUUGUUGGAAAGUGCCUAUGAAGGCUUAAAUGAGGAAGUGGGGUUGAACGACUCUCUUUCAGACUUGGAUGACUUAAUAAUGAGAGAUGCAUUUGAUUAUGUAGGAUUACCUUGCAAUAUUCUCAACAAUGAUCAGUGUGAAAAAAUAGGUUUUGAUGUUCAAGAUACUCCUCUCAAUGAAAAUCAUUCUGCACGUGGCAGUCAAUGUAAUCCUGUAGAUAUGAGGAGUCAACAAGACAUGUUGGGGAAUGAAUUUCCUCUGAAACAGUUCGAAGAGAAUUGUGUUGUGACAGGACCUGAGAGCUUGCCUUUAGAACCUGCAAGUUGUAACAUUCAAAAUAAACUUUCUGAUAAUGUCGUCUUGGCUUCAAUUAGUCCAAACUGUUGUAAACAUGAUGGGUCAAUAUUGCAGCAAUCAGCGCAGAAUGAAUCAGAUGAGUUUGUUGUAAAACAGAAAAUUGCGUCGUCUACAGUUAAUACAAGUUUGUAUUUGAUUCAUGCCAAGGAAAACUCCAGCCUACAUGAUUGCAAUACAGUGCUAGCAAAAAAUGAAGAACGGGUCUCUGUCCUAACUCCCAACAGAUUUAAGAGUCGUUGGCUGGGUGGUUGGACAGGUAAGGAAGUAGAUGUUUCUGAGAAAUUGAGGCCAAAUGAUGGUAAAACCAUUCCUUCGAUGUUUGUUAAUGAGACAAGCUUUCUUUCUGAAUCUGCUGAUAUAGCUCCAGACGAGAGCUCUUGUGUGCAAAGAUGUGAAUCUAAGGUCCAAGUUGCUUCACAGUCAAGUGUACCUUUUGGUCAUUUAGAUGAAAAAGGUGAUGAGGGUUUGCUGGUAUCUGAAGAUGUUGUGAAAUGUAGCCUAUCCUUGGUCGAUCCUCUAUGUUCUUUCGUUCCAUGCAGCAUAUCAUUGGACACUGAUUGUGUUAGACAGAAUCUGAAUGAAGAAAAAGAUUGUAUGAAAGAAUGCUCCGGAACCUUUGUGGAUGUUGGAGGUUCUAGGCCCUCAAUUCGAAGGCAAUCAACUUCGCUUAAGACUUACAGCACGAUUUCACCCACUCAUGUUGCUUUGGAAGGGGGAGAUUUGGGCAACAAGUAUUCACAUCAACUGUUAUCACUGGAUCCUCGUCUGGAUUGCACGAAGCUUCCUUGUAAAAGAAAUUUUGUGGACACUUCACCCUCUUGGCCUACUUCUGGAGCUGGAAAUAUCGAUACUGUGGACUUCCAAACUGAUGCCGACCAGAGUUUGGUUGUGGAAACAACAGAACUAAAAAGUAAAACUGAUGGAGUUGCUGGUGAUGGGACUGAGUUCCUUGUUCAGUCAGUAAAAAAAAGGAUAACUCCUAGUAGUUUAAAUCAGAGUCUGCAGGUACCUAAACCUAUAAUGAAAAAAUCCUCUAUCAAGAAAGAUCAUGUACAGAGUUCAGGGCCUGAAACUCUGUCCGAUCCUCAAAAGGUCAAAAACCUCACGAAGAUGCAAUAUGAAAGUACGAGUCCCCUUGAGCUGUGUAUGGCGGUGCAAAAGAGAGUUCGUUUCUCAGAAGCAAACGACCAGCUUCAACAAAACCAGGAUCUUCAGAAAGUAUAUCCAACACCAAAAAAUUAUUCUGCUCUCAGAAGUGGUAAAAGACGGAAGUUUUCUAAUCAAUGCUCAGUGUCUCGUCAUCGUGAUGGUAAAUGCUAUCUCAAGGGUCUCUACUGUAAGAGCAGGAAGAGAUUAAUAUUUCAAGGCAUACUGUUCUUGCUAACAGGAUUUUCUAGUCGGAAAGAAAAGGAUAUUGAAGGGUUAGUAUGGAAUAAUGGGGGUAUGGUUCUUCCUGACAUUCCUAGUUCAAGUUCAAUGGGGAAAAGGAUGUCAAGAUUAAACUGUAAAGGGGCUCCUGUUAUUCUCUCUCCGAAGAAGCUCCAAACAACAAAAUUCUUGUAUGGGUGUGCGGUGAAUGCCCUUAUAGUCAAUGUCAGUUGGCUGACAGAUUCAAUUGCAGCUGGUUCCAUGUUACCACCUACGAAGUACAUGAUUAUAUCAAAUCAAGCCGAUUGUUCCCAAGUUGGAUGUUCAAUUAGACACAGUAGUCGAAGAUAUAUAUUCGAGAAAGUUGGGGUCAUGCUUCAUGGGAAACAAGGUUUCUGCAACAAAUUGACGAAGGUAUUAAAGCAUGGAGGUGGACAAAUAUUCAAGGCCCUACAGUGGUUAGUAAAGAGUCUAAAUAAAGAGAAGAUUUCGAUUGGAGUCAUCGUAUUUGAGGACGAGUACAAGGCGUCCCGUCACUUGAAGCAGUGUGCCUUAGAACAAGGCAUACCCAUUAUGUCUGCAAAAUGGAUCAUAAACAGCUUACACUUGGGAGACCUCCUUCCUUUGGCAGACAACAAUCAGUCCACUUCUACGGUAACUCCAAAUAUUUUAAACGUUCCAGCUUUCAGAGAAACUAGCCUGGAAUUAUAAGUUGGCGUCUUCAGAGUUAUUUACAAGGUAAAUGUGUAUAACACGCAUUAGUUUUCUAGGUGGUUUUUUAAAAGAAAGAUAUAUUACAAAAAUCCUAGAUUAUUUUGUCUUGUGUUGUGAUUGUCAAUAUGAAUGUAUAGAUGGACGAAGUCAAAUAAAAUAUUAAAUUGAGAUCGAAUCAUCAACAUCAGGCAAUGAUAUUAAA